AUGGAGAAUAUAGACUUGAAACUAGAUGCGCUAGUUAAAUGGCUUGGAGGUAAUGUUACCGAAAACCUGGGUUCGGGAGCGUUUAUAUCUCCGAAGAUUAGUGUGAGGGAUGUUCCAGGCUCGGGACGUGGUAUCUACGCCGAAUCGGAUAUUGGUACACAAGAAGAGCUUGUUCGGAUUCCUGUUUCGUUCCUUCUAAAUUUUACUACAGCAGUGGCACAUAUCACUAAACACAACCCACUGGUGACUUUAGUCGAGCCUCAUUACCAGCAUAUCCAUGUGCCAAGCACAGCCUCCGACAAGAUCACCGAUUGGUAUGCACAAUUAGAUCUCGACAUCUUACUUGGACUCUCGUCCUUUCAGCUCCUUGCCAUCUAUUUGGUUCUUGAAAAAGAGCGAGGUGCUGCCUCGUUCUGGAAGCCCUUCAUAGAUAUGCUCCCAUCAAUUGAAGAAUUGAGCUUAGCCCCCGUUGUUUGGAAAGUUUUGCAAGUUCCUCACUGCGAUGAUCUUUGGCGAAUGCUAUCACGGUCUGCUCGUAAGCAUGCUGAGUCAGUCGUGGCUCGAUUUGAGAAAGAUUAUGCUGUUGUUUGUGAUUUACCAUCUGUGCCCGCAUUUGAGCGUCUGAGCUUUCUUUGGGCAUGGAUGUGUAUUAACUCCCGUUGCUUGUAUAUGCUGAUGCCCCAGGCAAAAGACACAAGUGACAAUUUCACCAUGGCUCCGUAUGUGGAUUUCCUAAAUCAUCUGAAUGAGGACCAAUGUGGCAUCAAGAUAGAUCCACAUGGAUUUCACGUGCUUACAUCUUCAGCCUACAAGCCGCAAGAAGAAUUGUACUUUAGUUAUGGGCCGCAUUCAAACGAGUUUCUUCUCUGUGAGUAUGGUUUCACAUUGCCACAUAACAAAUGGAAUUAUAUUGACAUCACGGAUUUCAUUCUCCCGCUCCUUCGCCCUGAGCAAGUGUCGUUCCUCAAGGAUAUGGGAUACUAUGGAGACUACACCGUCAAUACUGAAGGAAUGUCAUUCCGUACAGAAAUUGCUUUAGCCACCCUUCAAGAAAGCGAACCUCAACAAUCACGUAAACUCAAGGCUUUGGUGGAAGGAAUGAGUGAUGGAGCGGUUUUCGAGAAACAACUGAAGGUAUUACUACGGAGAUUAUUGGACAAAAUGGCAAGUGACAGUGGCCGAAGGCUACAUAGAGCAGAUAAUUACGACCCUGAGACGACGAGAAGAAUAGAGGCUGUGAAUGUUUUGCACAAAAACAUUGUUUCCAUCGCUGAGACUAUUUUGAAGGAGUGA